UAAACGCGCCUCGGCGGACCCGGGUCGCGUCUGACGCGGUGUCGGGACCUCGUUCAGGUGCGUCUUUCCACGUCGCGCGUUUCCAAACAUGGGAAACCCCAGAGUCUUCUUUGACAUCGCCGUUGACGGCGCCAACGCGGGCCGGAUCACAAUGGAGCUCCGGGCCGACGUGGUUCCGAAGACCGCAGAAAAUUUCCGAGCUUUGUGCACUGGGGAGAGAGGGUUUGGCUACAAGGGCUCCACCUUUCACCGCGUCAUCCCUAAAUUCAUGUGCCAGGGCGGGGACUUUACCAACCACAAUGGCACCGGAGGCAAAUCCAUCUAUGGAGAGAAGUUUCCGGAUGAGAACUUCCAGUUGAAGCACACCGGCCUGGGGACACUGUCCAUGGCCAACGCUGGGCCCAACACCAACGGAUCCCAGUUCUUCAUCUGCACAGCUCUGACCGACUGGCUGAACGGGAAGCACGUGGUCUUUGGCAGCGUCGUGGAGGGCAUCGACGUGGUCAAGGCGAUAGAGAAGCACGGCACAAAGAGCGGCACUCCUAAAGCCAAGGUCGUCAUCGCCGACUGCGGGGAACUGAAAUAGUUCAGUCCUUUCUCCCGUCAGCUGUAUCCUUCGUCACGCACGUCCCGGUUCGUCUCUACAUUGGUGCAUAUCUACAGUGUCAGUAGGAAAAACCCCUAUCGACCCGCUUUCGCCUCUAAAAGCGUUUUGUCUAACGUGUUUAUUCGUGGUGUGAUAUUUUCUACCUUCCAGUCUGUCGUUUAAAGAAACACAUUUAUUAACAAGAUCUGAAUAAAAUAAUGACAAUGAUGUAAAUAAAGCAUCUUGAAAGCCUG